UAAGCGCCUCUGGUUUGUUAGUGGGAGAGAAAAAGUCGUGUCAAAGAUUGGAUCCUUGUUUGAUAUUACUCGAUAGUUACUACUAUUAGGUAGUAGUGAUGAUCAGCGUGUAGUAGUAGAUGUUACUCCGUUAAAGGAUCAUAAUAAAAAACAAACGAUUCGUAAUAGACAUACCGGGUGUUGCUGCCCCCUGUUCCGAUAUAUGCACAUACUUUGUACGGACGAUGGGUAAAAGUGCCGAAAGCCAGGGGUAAAUAUGAGAGAGGCAGUGACAUCUGACAAGCCGGAGCUAGGAUGGGCGAUUAAAGUUUUUUUUUCUUCUCUCAGUCUUUUUUUGUGUGGUUCAUGGGUAUGACCGCCGGAUCGUGCUCCGUAUGAGCUCCGUAUGAUAUACUAGUAGUAGCAGGUAUCGUGAAGUGGAUUUUGGGGGGGAGGCUGGGUAUAUAAAGCUAGAGAGAUGGAAUGAGAAUUGGAAAGGGGCGAGCGUGAGCGUGAUUGCGUAUCUGUCUGUCUUGUCUUGUUCUUUUCCUGCUCUUCUUCUUCUUCUUUUUUGAGUCUGAGCAAAAGAAAUACGCCGGGAGUUUUCUGUUUGACAGCUGCUUCCACCAUCUUGAGUGCCAAUUUCUGCCUUUAUAUAUCAGCAUUUUAUAUCACAACCACAGCUUCACAUACAGACAGACGGACAGAUAUACAUCACCUCAUUAGAAGAUAUAUUUACGGGCCUUCACCGGGUGCAGCUCAAUGCCUGCAGUCGAGCCCAUCCUGACCGAAAUCUCCGCCUCGACGUCGCCAACAGUCACGUCGCCGUCCUCGCCAACAGCCACGGUCACGUCUCCAAGCGACCAGAAUCUCGCUUCUCUGGCGGGUAUCGACAAAGGCAGCCAAGAUGAGAAAAAGCGUGCAAGUGAUGCCACUGCGGUAGUUGAAAUCCGUCCAGAUGAUGAUGUGGAGGCCCAGCGCGAAAAUGAGAGCCGAGAUCAAGACGAGCUGGGCCUUUCUAUUCCGGCGCCUGAUACGAGCAGAGAUGCGUGGCUGUUCCUGGGGGCGUGUUUCAUGAUGGAGGCCAUGGUAUGGGGCUUCCCAUUUGCCUUUGGCAUCUUCCAAGACUACUACCGCACUCAUCAGCCAUUUGAAGGCUCGUCCAAGACGGCCAUUAUAGGAACUUGCGCCACGGGCAUCAUGUAUCUCGACGCCCCCCUCGUCAUUGCCCUCGCCCGCCUCUAUCCCAAGCAGGGCCGCUUCAAUCCCACCAUCGGCCUGCUCAUGAUGUGCGUCGCCCUCGCGCUGUCCUCGUUUGCCACCAACACGACGCAUCUCAUCCUCACGCAGGGCGCGCUGUACGGCAUCGGCGGCUCCAUCGCCUACAACCCGUGCCUGAUGUACGUCGACGAGUGGUUCGACCGCCGCAAGGGCCUGGCCUAUGGCUUGAUGUGGUCCGGCACCGGUCUUGGGGGCUUCACGAUCCCGCUGGUGCUUGAAGCAUUGCUCAACCGCUAUGGGUUCCGGGCCACGCUGCGGAUAUGGGCCGUGGCGCUCUUUGUCCUGACGAUGCCGCUCGUCUACUUUGUGAAGCCGCGUCUGCCGCCUUCAAUGACUGCGCACAUCAAGCCCCUGGACUGGAGCUUCAUGAGGACUCGCGUCUUUGCCAUAUACCAGCUCGGCAACGUCAUCGAGGGCAUGGGCUUCUUCUUGCCGGGCAUUUUCCUCCCGACAUACGCGCAGGAUGUUCUCGGCGCGGGCUCUUUUGCCUCUGCGGCCACGCUGCUGGUGCUCAAUAUCGGGUCAGUCAUUGGGCCUGUCACGAUGGGGACGCUGGUUGACAGAUUGCACGUUACGACGUGCAUUCUGAUAUCAACCGUAGGCGCUGUUUUUGGUCUUCUUCUUCUAUGGGGUCUAGGAUCGAAUAUCGGCAUUUUAUACGUCUUUAGUCUUGCUUACGGCCUCUUUGCCGGGUCUUUUACAACUUCUUGGCCAGGCAUCAUGAGGCACGUCGUCAAGGUGGCCACUGCAAGGGACAAGGCAGCCACUGCUGGAGAUAUCGACGGCGUCAGCGUGAGCAAGUAUGAUCCUCUCAUGGUGAUUGCUUUCCUGUCGAUUGGCAGAGGCGUGGGAAACAUUAUCGCGGGCCCGCUGAGCGAGGCUCUGAUUAAAGGUAUGCCGUGGCAGGGCCAGGCGACCGGGGGUUAUGGGAGCGGGUAUGGCGUUUUGAUUGUGUUUACGGGUGCUACGGCUUUGGCGGGAGGUGUGAGCUUUGUUGCGAAGAAAUUGGGAUGGAUGGAAUAG